GAACACGUGAAUUUGGUUGUUUACCUCCGGUGCAUCUAAACAGCAUCUGCGUUUGUUUAGCAAGCUGGAUCUAGCUACAUUUCUACAUCUGUUUUAUCUAAAGUUUUUAUAGAUAGUCAAGCUAUCUGGCUAAAUAACAUCAGAAAUGACUGAGGUAUGUGCUAUUUCGUGCAUCUUUAUGCCAGUAAAGCUGAAAUAACAACAGGUGUAGCUUACGCGCCAGUAGCUAACGUUAGCAUGAUAGCUAGCUAGCAACGUUAAGUUAUGCCUGGCCUAUUUGAAGCACACUUGAAAGUAUUCAAUUUGGAAAAUUAAUAUUAGUUAGAUCAGCUGUAUGUAUAUAUACAUCUAGCCCAAGUAAGUUACAUCCGCGGAUGUGGUAUCGUGGAGUUGAUAUAUACUUGGCUAGCUACCAUGCAUCAUGAAUAUGUAGCUAGGUAGCUAGCAAUUAAAAAAUUCGAAAGUAAUAUUUCCGUGUAUUUCAUUUUUCAGGAUGUGCAGAAGCACUCUGUGCACACGCUCGUGUUCAGGUCCCUCAAGAGGACUCAUGAUAUGUUUGUAGCUGACCAUGCCAAACCAGUCUCCUUGGAUGAAACAAGGUACUCAUGUUUUGGAUAUAUGCUUUCUUUAUUCUGCCAUCUAACUACUCGUUUCUGUGUCGUUGUGUGAGAUAAAGAGAAGCUGGGUGGGGGUGUGUUGGUCCAGUCUGUCUGUCUGUGUGUUCAGGAUAGACAUAAUAGUUUCCAACCAUACACUUGCUUACAGCACCACUCGGGUUGGACAGGCUUCCUCUUUAGAUUAAGACACUGGGACCCAGAGCGAGAUAAGGCUCGGAAAACCUACCUCCGUCCAGGGAUGAGAAAUUCGUUGUACUCUGAAUUGUCCCAUUAUCAAAUAAAAUACAAUAUUAUUUGUUACAUGCUUCGUAAACAACAGGUGUAGUGAAAUGCUUACUUAUAGGUCAUUUUCCAAAAAUGCAGAGUUUAAGAUAAACAUAAUAGAAAUAGUAACACGAGGAAUAAAUACACAGUGAAUAACGAGUAAAAAUAACAUGGCUAUAUACAGGGAGUACCAGUACCGAGUCGAAUGUGCAGGGAUACAAGGUGAUUGAGGUAGCUAUGUACAUAUAGGUAGGGACUAGGCAAAAGGAUAGAUAAUAGACAGUAGCAGCAGUGUAUGUGGUAAGUGUGUGGUGUCAGUAUACAUGUGUGCGCAUGUUAUGUGUGUGUGUGGGCGUACGUAGUGUGUGUAUGUAUGUGUUGGGGUGUGGGUAGAGUCCACUGUGUGCACAUAGGAGAGUUAGUGAAAACAAGUGUGUGUUCUGGGGUGUCAGUGUAAGUAUGUGAGUUACACUCUGUUCUGUCGAGAAGAGUGAACGACUCGUUUUUAAGUGAACUGCCGUUUUCAUCUUCAAGCUAGCUAGCAGUAGCCAUGCAGCCAUUAUGGAGUGGCACGUCACAUUGAACAACAAAGGAGCUGAUUGGCUGACACUGCCCUUCCAAAAUGGCUGCUGUGGGUUCUGCUACAGCAGUCGUUCAAACUUCUCGGUGUAACGGUUGGGAUAAUGGGACAAUUCAGAGUACAGCGCAUUUCUCAUCCCUGGAACGAGUUAUGUUUUCCAAGCCAUAUCUCGCGCCACGUCCGCAGUGUCUUAAUCUAAACAGGAAGCCUGUUAGACCCCAGUGCAGCUGUAAGCAAGCGUAGGGUCUGAAUCUAUUCUGGCUAUAUUCAGGACAGAGGCUCAGUCUCUGAAAUGGCUAAGGUUUUCCAGUAGGGUUGGGCGAUAUAUGUAAUUAAUUUCAAUGUAUGUUUUAGCACGGUAUUCCAAAUGCCUGUAUCGCAAUCAUCUAUUUUUUGUUUGUUUUAUAAGUGUUUAUGUCCACUUGUUCUCGUGUUGUCUUUUGGUCUCGUCUCCUUCGCUCUUUCUGCUGUGAAGGUGUGCCUUCCCAUUUACACACACAGCAAGCUCCUCCCCUGCCACUCAGAACAACAAAGAUGAAAGAUCACUUCUUCCUCUCUGACAACAAGCGGUUUCAACUCGCUAUUUGUAUUUGAGGUUUGGUCCAACAGAAUCGCUCAUAUGGACACUGAAACACAUUGAGACAUUAUCUUACUGUAAUAGAGGAGAACUUUCUAACUAUACCUUUUUUAUGUGUCAACUGCUCAAGUUGUGCAAAGAGCAGACCCUAUUACAACGGGAGGAUUAUUGAAAAUUGAUUCUGGAAAAUGAAUGCUCAGUUUCUGUCACGCGCAACAUUGCGGUACCACUAGCAGUAUUUUAGCCACUGACUAUUACACUAGCUGUCUAGUUUGUGUUUUAUAAAUAUAAGGAAUUGGCAACUCAUUCUGAGAAAUAAGGUAGGCCACUUGAUUUCAACAUCUGAACAAAGUGGACAGGCUAGCAUGCUGUUCAAACAGUUGGAGACGUACAGAAGGUUGUGUUCAUAACAAUUCAACUGUUUUACCUUGUUAUCUAGCAAAUAGAUCCAAGUUGGCUAGACCGUAAAUAUGAUGAUUAGCUGGCUACUCACUAGCACUUGGGCUUGUGCUUGAGAGAUUGUUUAUGAAACCUGUGUUCAUUUGCUAUAAUGCCUGCUACAAGAAGUUGGUCAUUGUUAGUGAAUGUACAUUGUGCAUGGUUCUGGUUAAAUUUGUAACAAAAAGGGCAUUUUCAUAGACAGACUUGAAAGCCAGAUCAGUGAUCAUUGCAAGCCAAAAAAAAGCAGGUAACACUAUUUUGAUAAAAUACUGUAAUCAUUAGAGGGUCGUAUGAUUGUGGAAGGCUUAUAUUUAGCCUCUGUAUAAUUUCACAAGCGCUGAAUACAUUAGAUUAUUGCUGAUUGUUUGAAAUGUAGUGUAUUUUACCUUUUAAUUGUACAACAAAGCUUUUUUUUUUAACUACAAGUUUAUAUAUAUUGUUAAUCACCUAUACGUUUGAAAAUAUCUAGAUAUUAUUUUUAGGCCAUUUCACCCAGCCCUACUUUCAGGCUCUGAUAUGUUCAAUUGAUAUGUUCAAUUGAGUUAACUAGUGUUUCCAUUCGUAGUCACAAGGUGAAGAUGGCAGCGAAGCUAAGGGCUGACUACAGUGCCGUUCUACACAUGCCCGUUCUGAAAGAGGGAAAGGACAGACCACUGGGAUCCAACAUGCAUAGCAAUCAGAACAAUGCCCAACCUGGUAAGAAUGCCAUCACGUCAACAUCAAUCAUUGACAAAUCAUUAUUGAUUUCAUGGGCAAUGAAUGAGCACUUUAAAACUGUUACAAGUUCAAAACCUCCAAGUAUUUCUCAUUAUAACCCUCUGGCCUUCCAGGUGAUGAUCCAGAGUACUUGAUCACUGGGACCCACGCAUACCCCUCUGCACCUGGUAAUUAAAACAGUCUUACGGUAGGGUUCCCUUACUGUGGUCCUGGAGAGGUACUGGGGGUGCAGGCUUUCGUUCCAGCCCUAUCCGAACACACCUGAUUCAGCAAAUCAUGGCAGAAGAUCAUGAUUAUUUGAAUCUAGUGUGAUAAAUAAUGGUCUGGAACAAAACCCUGCACACCCAGUAUCUCUCCAGGACCAGACGUGGAGAACCCUCCCUGUGGUUAACCCCAAUACCCAAACAACACUACUGUUCAUAUUGUCAUCCUCAGGGGUGUUACGUCACUUUUAUAAUGCUGAGUAUUGUCAUCCUCAGGGGUGGCUCUGACGGUGGACACUCAGAUUCAUAGGAACCCCAGUGAGGGGGGAGUUCAUGCCAUGGCUCUUGCCCUGCCACCAUCACAAGCCAGGUACUUACUUCAGAUGAUGCACGGUAGAUGUGUUGAAGGGAAAAGACAACAGACAUAAUUCAAUAGUUCAAUCUUUUUGACACAAUACUGUAACACUAUAACCUCUUGUACAGACCCCAGAUGUUAGAGAAAUAAUCAAAGGGUUAUUGUAUCCAAGCAACACGAGACCCUAAUCGGGGUUGCCUAUCUUAGAAGAGUGCACUUUGAGACCAUCCGGCAUCCAUUUAGUUUUUUGUGUAAUUGCAGGCUGGACGCCAGUCGUACAGCAGCCAGUGUCGGGGACAUUCACCGACACGCAGGGGGGGCAGAGAGGUCUCAUGCUCCUCACUCACAUGCUAUGGUGGGUAACGCUCUCUGAUACUUAGUGUUAUUGCUACACACCUUUCUGCACCAACAUUCCACUAACGUGACAACAGUCUCGUAUGAUAUAAUGCUACCACUACGAAUAAUAAAUCCCUUUCUGUCCUCUUUCUAGUCUCUUCUGGAAGGAGGCGGCACCAAAAACUCUUCCCUCGUGGCCAGAAAAGCCCCCACUAUGCCCAAGCCCCAGUGGCACGCGCCAUGGAAGCUCUUUCGGGUAAGGACAUCAUUUUGUCAUAUCUAGGGUUCCUGAAUUUCCUCUACAUUGUGCACAAACUUUAUCCCUUUGAAUGUACUACAAUAAUCAUAGAAUAUCUUUAUGUAGGGCCUAUGAGGUUAAGAUACCUUCAGGGGUGUUGACUUGCUCCCUGUUUUGUGUGGUAGCUGAUACAGGUUUGCUUUAUCCCUUCCAGGUCAUCAGUGGUCAUCUGGGCUGGGUGAGGUCUAUUGCCGUAGAACCCGGCAACCAGUGGUUUGUCACCGGCGCUGGAGACAGAACCAUUAAGGUGAGUACAGAGCGAGACCGAGAGAUCUGUAACUUCUAAACAGUAGAAAAAAGGUGCACUAUGUAGUAAUCACUUCGCCAUUUCCUGGUUGCAAAAAUUCUGAUAGUUAGUCUAAUUUCAGUUUGUGACAAAACAAGCAUGUGUAGUGCAGAGAAUCAUUGUACCACCUAAACCGCGGUGAAAUAUAUUUUCCAUAACCCAAAAUAUUGUUUUUUCAGCUGUUUUAAGCUUGUGUACAAAACCGAAACACAGACACACAAACGAAACAUAAGAAAUAGUGCACAUAGAACAUAUAUACCGCUUCUUCGACUUGCUUUCAAUGAGAAUGACAGAUCUAUAACUCAGAUUUCUAUGUGCAUUUGAUUGGGUCGCCCAAAAAGUUACACAUUGCAGCUUUUAUAAGAAGUGACAUCAUAAGGGUAUUGGGGCACCCAUUUGAUCUAUUCAAUGUCUGUCAAAUGGUGGCAUUUAGUCAUUUAUCUCGUAAUAGAUCUGGGAUCAGCUAUAAGUUUGACCGUGACGUUAAAUCCCCAUUGCUUCUCAUUCUCCUGACAGAUCUGGGACCUGGCCAGUGGUAAGCUAAAGCUCUCCUUAACGGGACACAUCAGCACGGUGCGCGGCGUGGCCGUGAGCACCAGGAGCCCCUACCUGUUCUCCUGCGGUGAAGACAAGCAGGUCAAGUGCUGGGAUCUGGAGUACAACAAGGUACUGUACUAGUACCCUUUCAUUUCUGCUUUACUUUAUCUGAUGUGUUUCAAUGCACUGCUGUUGGCCCAUUUAUUAUUUACCGUAAUUUUCGGACUAUAAGCCGCGCCUUUUUCCCAAUUUUUCGACCCUGCGGCUUAUAUAACGGUGCGGCUAAUCUAUGGAUUUUUACAGCUAACGGCCACUAGAAUACCUCCUAAAUCUAUGGAUUGUACAGGUUACAGUCCACCAACUUUAACUCUAUGGGCUCUAUGACCGGUCCGCGCCCCCCACCUUUAAGCGGCGGGCUCCAGCAGGAAAAGCUGGAGGCCGGAAAAGAGUGAGACAGGUAGCGCGCAAAAGUGAAAGUGGAACCGAGAGUGGUACGAGAGACAGAACGAGAGACAGAACGAGAGCAAGACAGUUUGUCUCUUUCCCGACAAUCCCCUCUGUGCACGAACCCUUACAUAUGGUAAUUAAACAUUAAAACACCUGCGGCUUAUAGUCCAGUGCGGCUUAUAGUGCGGAAAAUACGGUAGUUAAGUAUUUAGUAUAGUUACGCCCACUCAUUUCUGCUCUACUUCACGUGUUUCAAUGGCGUAUUGUUUUUCCAAUUAUGAUGUCGUUUUUUAGGUGAUUAGGCACUACCACGGCCACCUCAGCGCCGUGUACGACUUGGACCUGCACCCAACCAUCGACGUGCUGGUCACAUGCAGUCGAGAUGCCACAGCCAGGGUAAGUGUUGCUAAUGACCAGUUGGCUUGACUUUCAAAAACAUUAUUUCUGUGGAACAUUUUGGAGUGUAUUGGGAGUUCAAUAUGACAUUUCUGUGUCUAUAGGUGUGGGAUAUCAGGAGCAAAGCCAACGUGCACACCCUGUCCGGACACACCAACACAGUGGCCACAGUCAGAUGCCAGGCUGCCGAACCUCAGAUCAUCACCGGUACGGACACGGAUACAUUGCACCUCUUUUGCCUUGCUGUGUUCAUAUAUUGGGUAGUUGACUCACUCCAAAGUACCAUCAAUGGCUUGUCAUCUUGAACAUUUUAUUAUGAGCUGGCGCGAGGAGAAAUCAGAAUUGUUAAAAUGUUGACCUUUUCUCCUGGUUCAUGUUCAGUAGGGAGAAAAUAGGAGAUACCACUUGAACUUGUCCAAUAAGAACAGUGUUUUAUUGUUAGUUUCAAAACGUUUUGCUACAUUGUGAUCUUCUGAACACAACCCCGCUCUUUCCGUUCCAGGGAGCCACGACUCCACCAUCAGGCUAUGGGAUCUGAUAGCUGGGAAGACCAGAGCCACACUCACCAACCACAAGAAGUCUGUCAGAGCACUGGCCCUACAUCCCAGACAGUACGUAAAUUCCUGCUAUGUUGUUAAUGAUGAUGCAUAUGUUACACCCAAGUUAGUCAACUUCUAUUAUCUAAUUGUAGUUAAUGAUAGGAUUGCUAAUUGCAUUUGUAUAAUGACACGUUGGCUGCACGUUACAGGUAUACCUUGGCCUCUGGCUCUGCCGACAACAUCAAGCAGUGGACGUUCCCCGACGGCAACUUCAUCCAGAACCUCUCUGGACACAACGCCAUCAUCAACGCAAUGGCGGUCAACUCAGACGGCGUGCUGGUAUCAGGAGGUAUGAAAACGUCCUUCACUUUUUCCAACAGACCUAGUGUAUAUAUGUUGCUAUUGAAAUAAGACAGUUUUGAGCCUCUGUCAUGAUGAUUGGGUCAGAUUCUUUCAAUUCAUAGUACAUUGAAUGACUCUGAAGGGAAUUGUUGCUUCGAAGGUGCACUACUAAGGAUGGGCAACAAACAAAAAGUGAUAACUGCAGAGGCUGGAAGCAAAGAUAUUGAAGGGCUAAGUAAUAGGAAAUCCUAUAAACGGCUAGGACCUAGACACUGCUGUCUAUCUAUACCGACGUCUUGAUCUAGAUACAGCUAAUCCUUACGGUUUUUUAUUGUCUCCGUUAGCUGACAACGGCACCAUUCACCUGUGGGACUGGCGGACAGGCUACAACUUCCAGCGUAUCCACGCUGCCGUGCAGCCCGGCUCGCUGGACAGCGAAUCGGGAAUCUUCGCCUGCAUGUUCGACCACUCAGAGAGCAGGCUGAUCACGGCCGAGGCCGACAAGACCAUCAAGGUGUACAAAGAGGACGACACCGCGGUAAGAGAUACUUUUAUCCUGUGCUGUAUAUCUACACAGGUUUUUGUUGUUUUGAGAUGUGGAUUUUUUUAUUUACAACCUCAUACAAAGUGGAUGUUUCUUCAAACAGUGAAAAUGACAAAGUCACUAAAAAUACUGCUAAGCUAAUGAAACUGAAUAAGUAUUACUUUGAGUGCUUCAUAAGUUCUUGUUUCUGACUAGGGUGGUAUUGUUUUUUCUUUCAGACUGAAGAAAGCCACCCAAUCAACUGGAAACCGGAGAUCCUCAAGAGGAAAAGAUUCUAGUAAAAAAUCUAAAAUAAUAAAAUAAAACUUCCUUCAUUAAUUUCUGUUGUAAAUAUUCCCAUCAAUAGAACUCCCAUAAUUUUUGAAAGAAGAAUAUUCACACAAAAACAUAUUUUGAACAAGUUGGCUUUUAUUUUCACUUGAAUCUUUUUUGCUUUCAAUGUACUCCUUUUUCUAAGUACCAUUUACAGUCUUCAGUGUACAAUGUUAGUCCAACAAAGCAGCCAUUUUGGAUAGCCAAGAACCUUCCAGAAUGUUUGUUCUUGAUGAUGACCGCUCUCUCAUAGCUCUGGUCACUCUCAUCCACCAUGGGAAGCAACUCCUCAACUCCGUAAGGGCUCGCCUUAGUGUCACAUAGUCCCCACUCAAAUCCUGUAAAUGUGGCAAAUUUUAGAUUUUCUCAUCAUUAGAAACCGUAGUUUGAAAAGGUCAGGUUUAAUUUUUUUUAUUGAUCCAAGAGAAUCACCAACUGUAUAUACAAGAGAAACGUAAUUUGUUGUGCAAUCUGGUGUAUGAAAUAAAUCACUGUAUGAUGAACAGAACAACCAUUAAAAAAUAACAUGUUGCUUCUCAUUUUAUGUGCCGUGAAGCGUGACUCACCCAUGUAACCAUUGGUGACAACGUUCCGAUAGUGUUUGCUGCCACCCCUUGAUCUUCUCCCGGUAUCCGUUGUCUCCUGUGUGUUCCUGGAGGUCAACCAUAUUCCUGGUUUCACUGAUAACAGGGAUCUUCUGCUCACCUGUUAGACAAAGCAGAGGUACACUGUAAUGGAAAACUAAUUUAUACAGUAAUUUGGG